GGUGAUUAUAUUCUCUCUCCCCUCUCUCUUAAAAGGCAAAAGGCAAAAAGAAACCAGUUCCCUUCUCUCUCUUUUCCUUUCUUUCUGUUCUCUUUUGCUUUUCUUCGUCUGCAACGGGGAAAAGAUUUUGUGUGCUUCAGAAACUUCAGAUUUUCUAGGAACUCUCUCUCUCUAACCCAACAAAUCCCACAUCAGAGAGUCUUCUCUGUCUCUUCUUCACGAGCUCUCUGUGUCAAGCUUCACCCAUAGAUUUCUUGGUGGAUUUUCUUCACCAUUCUCUUCCAUUCCUUCAGAUAAUUUCACUCCCACAAAACCCCUCUUUCCAUUUCAAUUUCUUGCACACACAUGUAUUUAUAUUAUGAUUGAUGUGUGUUGUAUUGUAUUGUGAUAUGAAAUUUCUCUAGUAUUUGGACUUGUUCAGAGCUUCUUAGCCACUAACAAUGUCUGAACAACCAACAGUUCGAUUGGUUGUUUGCCCUAGAUGCGAAAAUGUUCUUCCAGAGCUCACGGAUUACUCUGUCUAUCAGUGCGGUGGUUGCGGUGCUGUUCUUCGAGCGAAAAAUAGAAUUUUUGAGGAGGAUACUUCGUCGCAGAAGUCCGAUGAAGAAAGGGUUCAUCAAAGUGUUUCUGAAAAUUUUCCCGAGAAAUCAGACAAUUUCAAAUUUUCCGGGAAAGGAAUGAAGUUGGGUGAUGGGUUUGAGAAUGAUGUUAAAUCUGGUAGCAGUUCUUCUAGAAGAGCUGAUAAUAGGGAAGUUUUGAGCAAUAUAGCUGACAACCAAAGUAAUGGUUCAUACAUCAAUGCUGAUAAUUGGGUUGUUGUUGAUAAUGAUCUUCAAAUAAAUGAGAAUUUAAAUGAAUCUGAUCAUGCAGAAAUGGUAAAUGAAUUCGAUGAAUUGAAACCCCCAAAUGGGAUUGCAAAUGGGUCACAAAGAUCAGGGAGUUUUUCUGGAUGGAGGAGCGGGGAGGGAGGCGAGCUUGAUGGGUUUUGGAGGAACCCUAGAAGGGAUAUUCAAGGUCUUAGAUACUCGACUUCAAAGUAUUCGGAAGAUGGUCCUUUGAAUUUUCAUGCAAGGUCCAGUUACGGUUAUGGAGAACCGGUGAAUAAGCAGAACAAUCUGGAUGAGUUAACUAAGGUUGAGUAUCUUGAACAAGACAGAGCCGAGCUUUUGAGGAAGUUGGAGGAGUUAAAAGAUCAACUUAGCCGGUCUUGUGAUGUUAAGGACAAAGCUGAAGAAAAGGUUCCUCUUGAUUGGAGGUCGGUUCACCAUGAAGCACCUUAUGGCUCAUGGGGACCAAAUAGGGAUCCGAGCCAAUAUUCCAUGGUUGACACAUACAGUGGAAGACCACCUUAUGCUAGCCAUUAUCCUGAGCCGCCUCCUUAUAUGAAUAGGCAUAGUUUUUAUCCUUCAAUGCAUACUUCAAAUCAAGUUCAAAGAUUUGGGAAUCCUUUAAGGUCUCAAAUUUUUAGAAGAGCUCCACACCAAGGGCUCGGUGCUCUCCAACAACCGCCACCUCAUCCUUAUUUUUCUGGAAACUAUCUAGAUAGUGAUAUGGAUCCAUUUGAAUCGUACCCGCCAAAUAUGAACCAUCACCAUCCUUCAUGCUCUUGCUUUCAUUGCUACAGCAAACAUCCACAAGUUCUGGGUCCAGUCCCACCCACUGCUUUCCACAACAAAAUGUUUUCUGAUGUCCCAAAAAAUCCCAUGUUCUACCAUCAUGAAAACCCAAGUGCAUUUGGUCCACGGGAUUAUAAUCCCAAAAUUGCCAAUCCCCCUAAUCCUCAAUCCCACACAAGAUGGCCUAGUGACCUUAACUCUGAAAUGGGUAGUUUUGUUCGUCGCCCUCCUCCUCCUCCUCCGAGGGUGGUACUAGCCACUGGUGGAAGGCGUUGUCGCCCUGUAGCUGGUGGUUCUCCAUUUGUUACGUGUUGCAAUUGUUUUGAAUUGCUGCAACUGCCUAAGAAAAUUUUGCUUACAGAGAAAAAUCAAAAGAAAGUGCGAUGUGGUUCGUGCUCUACGGUCAUUCUUUUUGCAGUUGUCAACAAGAAACUUGUUUCUGUUCAUUCCGAGACAAAGAAAAUACCCCAGAUGGUUGAUGAUAGCCCUAAUGUGACAGUGAGUGGUGGUACUUUGCAUUCUCACGUGCACGAAAAUCAGCCUAGCAUGAAUUUUUCUUCUGAAGAUUAUGAUAAUUCGGGUUAUGAUUUUCAGUCAUUGGAUAGAGAAGUGAUUUCGUCAUCAACGGGCCAGGGUUUCCGAUCAAGCAAGUCUGAAGAGAUGAGAAGCCAUCAUUCGUCAUCUCCAUAUUCUCCUGAGGUUGAGGAUAGCCCCGAAGGUUUGAAUGCCCAAGGAGAGGAGUCCAAAUCUGCUGAGCUGCCAGCAAAAGCAAAUCUAUCUCCACCACCUGCUGGUUCACCCCUUCAAGAUCAUUUUGAUUACUCUAAUAUAUACCGUAAAGUGAACCGAAUAGGAAAUGGAAAUCAGAGUGGACGUUCAGAGCAGGAAAAGGGGGAGCCAAAGAAGGAUACGUCACGGCAAAAUUCUCUGAAAGAUGCAUCUUUGGCAACUGAAAUGGAGGUGUCAUUCAAUGAGUUCUCAAAUACCGGGACAUCCCAAGAAUCAGGGGACGCGAGCAGAGAUGAAAUUCAACCGGCACUCAACAAAAGGGGUCAGUCGUUCUUUGUAGGUAUUAUGAAGAAAAGCUUCAAAGACCUUUCAAGAUCCAAUCAAACCAUUGAGGAAAGCUCAACUAACGUCACAAUUAAUGGGCAUCCUAUACCGGAUCGCAUACUAAAAAAGGCUGAAAAGCUAUCUGGACCAGUCCAUCCCGGACAAUACUGGUAUGAUUCCCGAGCUGGUUUCUGGGGUGUGAUGGGUGGGCCUUGUCUCGGCAUAAUUCUUCCAUUUAUUGAGGAAUUCAAUUAUCCCAUGCCGGAGAAUUGUGCCGGUGGAAAUACAGGUGUCUUUGUGAAUGGAAGAGAGCUUCAUCCAAGAGAUUUGAAUCUGCUAAGUAGUCGAGGGCUCCCAACUACUAAAGACAAGUCCUACAUAAUUGAGAUAUCUGGACGAGUCUUGGACGAGGACUCUGGCGAAGAGUUGGAUAGCCUUGGCAAACUUGCCCCGACAGUUCAGAAGGCAAAACAUGGAUUUGGCAUGAAAGUUCCAAGAGUAGCUGCAUAAGAAAUUUUUGUGUUAGAAACUGUUGGUUUUGACUUGCGAAUGAUCUCGAAGGUGUGCUAUCUUGGAGAUGGAAAAAAAAAACAACUUUCUGACAAACUUAUUGAAAGAAAAUCCUAUCAACUUUUCCUUGCAUUGAUGAAGCUGAAUGAGGAGACGAUACUGGAUUGUUGGUAUGUCACUGAUCUCUCGAAACUGUUUCUUUAUCGUGGAAUUUCAUGUUUGAUUGAUUGGUUUGGCUUGGUUUUUCGAAAUGUGGUUUGUAAGUGAUUUGUGCCAUAUUCUACAUUUGUAUAUGUAAAACUGGUAGUUUUUCACUCAAAUGUGACUAUAUGUUCUCUUGAAUA